AUGCCUGCAGCCAAAGUUAAGUCGCGCAUUCAGUUUCAGAGCCGGCAGAAACCAGCUGUGCCUAGAAACAACAAGCACCACGCAGAGCCAGCGCAAUCAACGCAACAAAACAACGUCGCAAACAGCCCACAGGAGGCGGCUAGAGGUAGCCAAGCUUAUAAAGAACAGCAUGAUCGAAUUCUCUCGCUGACUAGCAAAGUGUCUGCAUUUUCCUUCGACUCCGACGAUACCACAGACGAAGAGGAGAGUGGCCAUGACAAAGAGCAUGUGACACCAUUCGCAAAAAGGCGAGUCUCAACUACAGAAGAGUGUAGGCUGAGCGGCGCUUUCGACUCUCUAAUCCGCGCGGCGACGUUGGAGAGACGUGUUUCGUUCAUUGCAAGCAGUCCUAACAGUUUCUAUAGCGCUGUGGAUGACGACUGCGACCCAAGCGACUCUUUGAUCAUUGAGGCGCAUAUACCUGAUCCACAAGAGCCAAAGAAGCCAAAGCUGCCAAUGGUAGAAGAGGUCAAGGCUGAGGCUUCAGUUUCAUGGCAUCAAUGGCUUGUGACCUUGUUCGCUGGUCGCAGGACUAUCCCGUUGCACUCUGCUUGUCAACACCAGGCUCCGCCAGCGACCAAUGACAGCGAAGGAAUUACGCCAGUUGGGGACAUCUCAUCUUCCGAGCAACCGCGACUCACACAUGAGCAAGCCAUUCCGCAGGUACGCGCAGUCGGCGCCAAACACCCAUCCCAUCGCCCAAGCUAUAGGUACAUCUCACCUGCGCGCACGACUCAGUACACAGGCUAUGCUGUAGUAGCGCAAGACGAAUAUGAACCAGCAAUUGUACAGCGAGGCUUUGUAGUACCCAACAGCCAACAACAAGUCUCACUUACGCAACGGCGGAACAAGUCUUCGAACAGUAUCUUCAACAGGGAUGGCGAUACAUGGACGGUUUGGCACAGGACAAAUCCUAUUACGGAGACCGACUACUUUAAGAGGAGUCGUCCCAACAACCAGCUGCUGCAUUCACAGUCAACUGCAAACAUGGUAAGGCAGUCUGGAUGA